CUUACCUAUUGACACAUUUUGUAGAUAGAAUCAAUUUCUUCUCUCUUACCAAGAUAUUCUUCCCUUCCUCCAACCAGUUUAACUCUCUUUUUUAUGAGAAGGCAUUGAAAUAUUGAAGUUGUCGCAAUCUGCUUGAGAGACACAAUUGAUCUCCCAGCCUCAUACAUUUCAGCAUUAUAGCACAUGCAGAAUACCCCUACAAAUCUCACUUAUCGUAUCGAUACCAUACCAUUUACUUUCUGACAAAAUCAAUCAAACUUUGGAAGCUCUACUACAAUAUUUGCGAUCGGGCUGCUAGAGUCAAAACUUCAGAAGGAGAUUGAUUGUGUCGCUUUUAUAUUUAAGAACUUUAUAAGGACAAAUUCAAAAGCAUAGUUGUGUUGGAUAUGACCUCAUUGUACUUGAGUACACUGAUUGAUAUACUGGCAUAAGGAAUUCCAAUUCCAAUUUACCCAAACACCCCAGGUCUUCGAUCGAAAAUAUAACGAGGGUUCAAAAAAGAACGAUCCUUACUCAGUUCCUCAAUACAGUUCUAGUCACUCGAUAAAGUCAAUCAUGAUGGUGACUCGAAAGCCCGUACCUUCAUCUACCAACCCUUCCAACAAUCCCUCCUCGCUGCCAUACCCCAUUAGCCCAGUAUCUUCGAAUCCACACGCCAGUUUUCGCACCGAAGAGAACCCCAAUGCGAUGUCGUCCGCAACUAAUACCGAACCCAACAUUUGGAACGAAGAGGGACAUUCCCAUCCUGAUCCUAGCAGUAUCCCCGAUAGUUUAAGAGUUGGGCCUUCGAGGGCCCCUCCUAAGCCUUCUGACGAUGUGUUGAAACCUAAUACCUCGACCACUAAUCCAUUUUUGAGGAGGCAACAAUCACAGACUUCACAAAAUGCAGUGUCUGACAAAAACGAAAGUAGUGCAGAUAUUUGGAACGAGCUUACAGAGAAACCAACACAUCCAGAUUACCCACCCCCACCUCCCCCGCCUGUGUCUCAAGGUUUGUUAGUAGCCCUAUAUUCUAUGCUCAAUACUGACAUGUGGCAUAGUAACCCAACAACUUUCGAACAUGGAAGUGUCUGGACAAAAUCCGAAUCCAUGGCAGCCCGUUACGAAUGAAAGACAGGCUAUACAAAUGACCAAUCUCCAACGAGAAGAUUCGGGAAACGGAGCCUGGUCAGGCGCGAAUCCCCAAAAUAUCAUUACUCCUCCCGAGUCAUCUGAACAGUCGCAGCAGCAUGUCUUAGUAGACAUUGAUGAACCUGAAUCACCGGCAUGGGAUGAGGAUGAUUACGACGAAGGAGACGAAGAGGAAGAAAUUCCGGCAGAUUCUAAGAAGCCGGUAUUGCCUACGGACGAGAGGCAUGAGAUACUAGAAGGGCAGCAUGCAUGGGAUUCUGCUCAUGGUGAAGGAUCAAGUCAAUCAAGUCAAACACAAACAGCAGUCCCGGUUCAGCCCCCUGGGCACAAUCAAUACUCGAGCCCCUCUGCGGAAGGAUGGAAUCUUAUUGACCAUGAUGUUAUACUGGAUAAUUCCCAGCACAGCGGUGUUAUUGGAGUAGAUGGCAUGGAAGUCUCUACUUUACCCUCUGAAGAAGUUCCUCCGGCGCUUCCACCGCGAAACGCUCGAGAUCAUCCCCCCGUUCAACCUCCGCGACCUGUUGCAGAUGCGGCAAACACAGCCACAAGCUCGAUUAUGACUCCCAAUAUGAUAGCAUCCGUUCAAAGACAAAAGAAAGAGACGUACGAGGUCAAGAAAAUAUCUUGGCAUGAUGUUAAUGCCGAACACAACCUUAGAGUUUCACCUAUCCUGGUACAAAAUGCUAACGGGCCUUGUCCGCUAUUAGCUCUUGUGAAUGCUCUAACUUUAUCGACCCCUGCUGGUGUGGAGACUGCUUUGGUUGAAACACUUCGGUCAAGGGAGCGAGUCAGUCUUGGAUUAUUGCUUGACGCAGUUUUUGACGAGCUCAUGUCUGGACGACGUGGAGAUGCUGCGCAAGAGCUUCCAGAUGUGGGCGAUCUCUAUUCCUUUCUACUGACACUCCAUACUGGAAUGAAUGUUAAUCCUCUUUUUUUCCCGGCUGAACCUAUGCAAUCAACGAAUGAGCUUCCGAGCUCAAUGUCACGUGCACAACGUGGGACCUCACUUCCAGGCACAUUUGAAGAGACUCGCGAAAUGAAGUUAUAUGGUACUUUCGCAGUGCCUCUGAUUCAUGGCUGGCUCCCCGAGGAAGAAUCACCUGCUUAUAUGGCGCUUAAGAGAUCUGCUCGAUCAUAUGAAGACGCACAGAACUUGAUGUUUCAUGAGGAAGUGUUGGAAGAAAAGUUAUCUUCGGAGGGCCUCAGCUUUGAGGAACAAGGAAUUCUAGAGGAUAUUUCAACGAUUAAAGCUUUCCUCGCUUCCGCGGCGACUCAACUUACAGCUCAUGGCUUGGAUCUUAUAACUAAAUCUUUAAGUCCAGGUGCUGUAGCGAUUUUGUUUAGAAAUGAUCAUUUUUCUACAAUUUUCCGGCAUCCAACGACUCUUCAACUAUUGCAGCUCGUCACAGAUUCUGGUUAUGCAGGACACGAAGAAGUCGUAUGGGAAGGUCUUAUUGACGUUAAUGGAGAGAGGGCAGAGUUUUAUUCGGGCGACUUUCGUUUAGUUGGUGGAGCUUCCACAGCACCUCAUGGAAACGAAGAAGGUAAUUGGACCACAGUUACAGGGCGUAGAAAUACUAAUCGAAGUGAAGCUUCGCAUUCUGGGCCGUCACGGAAUCAGCAGGAGUCUAAUAAUCACGAGCAAGGCAUAAACACUGAACAGGAAGAUCAUGAUCUUGCCUUGGCUCUGCAAUUGCAGGAAGAAGAGAACGAACGUCACCGAAAUGAAACCGCUCGGAGACAAAGGGAAUCGGAGCUAUCACAGCAGUACAUCGAGCAACAGGGAAAUAAUAGCAACGACAAUAAUGGUUCUGUUAGUCAGCGUGGCGGUAGCGGACGGGGUAGUACUAGCGGUCGUGGAGUAAAUAUUCCUGUUCGAGGCUCAACUCGUGGUAGUACCCAAGGCCGUCCCGCAAUUCCACCUCGCAAUAGCAAUAUUGCCAUCGCUCCUGUUGAUCCAGAAGCAGGAAUUGAUGCACCACCUCCUUCGUACGAGCAAGCUGCCACCGAACCGGCCUACCAACCUCCAACUAAUCAUCCAGCCCAUCCAAACGCAAAUCCAAGCCGGAGAACAAGUUCUUACGCAGCAACAUCGGAUAGUCAGCAACGUGUUCCAGCUAAUAUGACAGGCCGUCGUAACAAUUCUACAUAUGGCGGCCGUGGAAGGGGUGGUCAGACACUAAUCGAUCAGAUCCCUGGGCGCAGGAUCCAAAAUCCGAAUCAAUUAUCGACUCCGCAGCAACAAGAAAGGCAGAAAGAUUGUGUUGUUAUGUAAAUUUUGACUUUCAAGUAUAUGGAAAGGACAGGUACAAGCAGUUAGGAAUGAAAUGAGCGAAGUUUUGGAGCCAGGUGUUGAGCAAUAGGUAUUUGACCUUUAGGAAUUAAGAUAUCAUGGGCUACAGAAGGAUGAAGGAAUCUUUUAAUAUACUAUACGUCCUGACUGGGAAGUUUAAGCGAAGGGAUGAAUCAGAGGAUAGAGAUAGAGGGAAUGUGGUUUGUAAUGACUUCCUUGGUACAUUAUGAAUUUUGUCAAUCAGAUUCCCUGUUCAGCCCAAGUGG